AUGAAUAUGAAGGGUUUUCCCACUAUUUUUCUUUUUAUUUGCUUCGUUUUAGUUUUUACAAAUUGUUUCAUGGUGGAAGCAGAUACAUGCAAACCUAGCGGUAAGCUUAGAGGGAAAAAGCCUCCUCCAGGUAAAUGUAACAAAGGCCAUGAUUCUGAUUGUUGCCAAGAAGGCAAGUUUUAUAACACGUAUACAUGUUCGCCGCCGGUUUCAAGUCAUACCAAGGCAACCCUAACUCUAAACGGAUUCGGUCCGAAGGAGGACGGUGGCGGUCCAUGUGAAUGCGACAACAACUAUCAUAAAGAUUCAGAAUUGAUCGUGGCACUUUUGACGGGAUGGUUCAACAAGAAAAAACGGUGUAUGAAUUAUAUUAACAUUCACGGUAAUAGAAAAACUGUUAAAGCUAAGGUAGUCGAUGAAUGUGACUCCACGGUGGGGUGUGAUGAUGAACACGUUUACCAGCCUCCGUGUGCCAACAACAUCGUUGAUGCCUCAGAUGCAGUUUGGGAUGCCUUGGGAGUGUAUGGAGAUAAACGUGGCGAAAUGGAGAUAUACUGGUCUGAUGCUUGAUUAUAUUUU